UCUCCAGGAGAAGCAGAGGAAGAGGAGACGAAAGGAAAAGGAAAGGGAAGGAAAAGCAAAGCAAAGCAAAGCAGGACACACACACACCAUCGCUCCUUUCUCCUUUCUCUCUGUCUCUGACUCUCUCUCUCGUGAGUGUGUGUGUGCGAUGCCCCGCAUCCAGCAAUUCCUUGCCCACUGAUCAGACGCCCGCGUAUCUGCCACCUGCUUCCCUUCUACUCCCACCGUUCUUUCGUAUCAAACGUCGUUCAGAAUCGUGUGGAUACAGAUUUCUCAAGGACGGGAAUUGAAGCGGGUAUGGCGAAUCGAAUGUCAUCGAGCAGGGACUCCUGAAGAUGGCAACAUUAUUUACGUGAGAAAUGGUGAGCAGUUACGAGAGAGCACCUCCAUUUUCUAGUCUGGAAAAAAAUCCAACCCAUGGGGGUUGAGUCUGUGGAGGUGGAGGCAGCACCCUAUGGUCCUAGGCGGUUCCCCCAUCUCGCGGACCACAUCAACCAACAGUCGCCAGGGUCAUCUGCAGAGGGUCUGGAAUCAAAGGGACUGAGGUUUUGUGCAGAUGCAAAUCGCAUGGGCCCUUAUGUCUUUGGGUCACAAAUGGCUACACAAGCUGCGGAGAGGUCCAAGUCUGAAGCCACUCACACAUCUUCUCAGAACAAUACUGACAAGUUUAGAUUUGGUGGAUUUUCUGCGACCUCCUCUUUUUCCACCUCGGACGCAGGUGGUGUGAAUCGCACCGUUCCUCUUUCGGAGUAUUUGGCGUUUCGUAGCAGGAGCGGAAAAAGUAGUGGCAAGCAGACGCCUGCGGUAUUCAAGGAUUCCACACCUGCCACCUCUUCUUCGUUUUCAACUUUCAACAUCUGCGGUGGAGCUACGGUUUUCAAUGGCUCCAGUAAUCCGGCUCCCAGUUUAUUCUCGAAUUCCUUUCCGAAGGUAGUUAGUAGUGGUUCUUCUCUUGUGGCUGACGCGCGGGAGUCUUCAGCUUCCUCUCAGGAUUCUAAGUAUGCUACUUCUAGCUUCUCGACUUUUCCGGUAGGCUUAAAACCGAAUGCAGCAAGCAGUUAUUCCGGUCCUUUUGUAUUUACUGCUGGCGCCCAGCAUACAAGAUCCGUGAAACUUGAAACCCAGACAAAUGUUCCCCCAGACCGUCUAUUUUCAGGAUCAACUAGACCUGCAUCUCAGUCCAAUAUUCCUACGGAUAGCUUAUUUUCGGGAAUCCCUAGACCUGGUGCCCAGUCAAAUGUUUCUUCAGAUAGUACACUCUCAGGGUCUUUGAGGCCCGGACUUUUCUCGAGCGUAUCGAAGGAUAUAUCGUUCUCAGGUCCAUCCCAAUCUACUGAACAAUCCAAUACUACUGUCGACAGUUUUUUCUCGGCCUCGGCCAGGCCUUCAACUCAAGCGAGUAGUUCAACAGAACCUUCAUUAAUGGGAUCAUCGAUUUCUAAUUCUCAACCCAAGUUUGUAUUUGGGAUGCCAUCCACUGGCCUAGCUAAGCCUACGACACAAGCAGAUAUUCCUUUUGAGGAAUUGUUGGCUGCCAACUCUGCAGCGGGUGUGGGUGGGGGGUUAAAAGCCGUCUCUCAAAUAAACAGGUUUGCCAACAUUGAGCAAAAUGUUCCCGUGGACAUUUUUCGGAAGCUCAAUCAUUUGGAUAUUGAUAAGGGCUCUGGUCUUCUUCCGAAAUUGGAAAAGUUAGACCUCAACAAAGGAGGAGACAAGAUAGUCAAACCUACUGCUGUUGUUCUUGAAAGUGGAAUUAAUCAAAAAUUGAAGAAGUUGGAUAUUGACAAGGGAGAAGGCCUUCAAAAGAAAUUGGAAAAUCUCAACGUGAGCAAAGUAGGUAAAAAUGCCCCUUCAAAGCCAAGUGCAUUUGUAUUUGGUAGCCCAAGUACAAGUGGUCCAAGUACAAGUACGCCUGAAGUCAGGACUCCAAGUGGUGCUCCGUUUGUGUUUGGUGCAGCAACAGAUACUCAAGCUCGAGCAAGCAAUGUUCCUGCAAGCAAAGACAACGAUUCUCCGCAGAUUCCACCGGCACCCAAUCUCACAUCUGCGUUCAAAUUCAGUUCAGAAGGGGAGGUUAAGCCCCCAGUCUCGAAGUUGAAGAAAGACAAGUUUCAGCAUCGGUCUUUACGGCCAGGUCAGAGAUCAUGUUUUAAAGGAAAGAGAAGUUCAUCCACAAACUCCAGUGCGAGAUCAGAGGCAGCGAGUCCAAGCCCGAGCAGAGAGAGUGUAUCAAUGGAUAUUUCGCCUGAAAGCACUAAUGAGACGUCUACCAGCUCUCACUCAGGUUAUCCUACUCCCAACAAGUCGCUAGUUCCAGAAUAUGACGAUGGAGAUAGUGACGAGGAUAGUGGUGGGACCGCGGAUUUAAAUUCAAUGAAUGAGUUGGAAGCCUCUAUAUCGAAACUCAGAGCAGCAGUUUCCGAGCUAAAAUUUGGCGCCGAAUCAAAUCGAUCAAAGGAGACCUCAAGCUCUGCUCCUUUUCCUAAUGUGGCGGCAAAUGAUUCCUGGUCAAGUGGGAAGAUCACCGACGAUGUGUCAAGCUCUACAAGUUACGGUGCAAAUUGGAAGAGAACACCUUUCACUGACACUCAGUCUGUAGAUAGGACUGAACGGGAUAAUGGAACAGCUGAACAAGGUGAGACCACAGGUAGUGCGAAUGAGAGAGACGACAUAAGAGGUUCAGGUGCUGAUAGGAAUGAAGGUGGCACUGAAACUAGCAGUGGUCAAGAAAGUUCAUGUUGCACGGAUGAAGGCCAACCUAGGACUGGAAGUGAGGGAAAGGGAGGUCAUUUUACAUUCACGGCUAGCCCAACAGGAAUGUCCACUUCUAAUCUUUUGCGCCGACGUACACGGAAGGUCCAGAGGAAUGUCGGAAGGUUGUCGCAGGCUGAGAAAGCUUCUAUACCAGCUUUGCAACCAGAUAGAGGCACCUCUAGGCCUUCAUCUACCGUUAAGCCGGGCACUUGGUCUAGUGCUGCCCCUAUUACUGGAUUGGCAGGACCAGCCUGGGGAGGCUCAGGUUUGGGAGGGUCGGGUUAUGGGGAAGGAGUGAACACCUCAGGAGGUAUGGGUGCUGCUGCAGCUGCUGAACAGGUCUGUGAAAGGUGGAGGUUAAGGGGAAACCAGGCUUAUGCUAAAGGAGAUUUUGUUAAAGCAGAGGAAUUCUACUCUCUUGGUGCCGGGAGUGUCUCGCCACAUGAAACUUCGCAGAGUUGCUUACGGGCAUCAGUGCUUUGUUACAGCAACAGAGCCGCGACCAGAAUGGUUGUAGGACGUAUGAGGGAGGCCUUGGCGGAUUGUAUGCACGCAAUGGCAGUGGAUCCCUCUUUUAUCCGUGUGCACUUACGAGCAGCUAGUUGUCAUCUUGCUCUCGGGGAGACUGAGCUAGCUGCGUCAGCAUUCAAGGAGUGCUUGAAACAAGCCAAACAAGCCAGUAAGCUGGAUUCGAAGGUUUUAGCGGAUGCGUCUGAUGGCCUGAAGAAAGCCCAACAAGUAGCGGAGUACAGUUGUCAGGCGAGAAAACUUGUCCUCAACAAUUCCUCGAAUGAUUCAGUCACAGCAUUGCGGCUCCUCAAUGAGGCCCUUCUCUGCAGCCCCCAGUCCGAGUGGUUACUCGAGCUUAAGGCGUACUUACUUAUCUCCCUACAAAGAUAUACGGAAGCAGUCCAAGUAUGCGAACAGAGCUUGGAUUUGGCUGAGCAGAAUUUUGCCGCUUCGGAAGGUGUCAAUAACAGGUUAGAAAAUUCUCCUCUAGGUUGGAGGCGAAGGAUAACUGCUAAGGCCAACUUUCACCUUGGGAAACUGGAGGAGUCCUUGGAGCAGUUGCAACAGCUACAAGAAGGACCCUCUUCCAUGUUUCCCCCAGAUCCUGACUCACCUGGAGCAUUGUCUGCGGGCAUGGCUCUGCCUUCUACGGCAGUUAUUCGAGACCUUCUGCGUCAUAAGCUGGAAGGCAACAAAGCUUUCCAAGCAGGGAAGUAUACAGAAGCUUUGGAGCAUUAUACUGCUGCUCUAGCCCGAAAUGGUGAGUCACGUCCAUUUUGUGCCGUGUGUCUGUGCAAUCGGGCAGCUGCUUCCCAGGCCCUAGGUCACAUUGCAGAUGCCAUAGCCGACUGUAGUCGAGCUAUUGUCCUAGAUCCUCGGUAUGCGAAGGCCAUUUCACGCAGGGCAUCUUUGCACGAAAAAGUAAGGGAUUAUGGGCAGUCUUGUAGUGACCUCGGUAGGCUCAUAGCAAUAUAUGAAAGGCAGCAGCCCCAAACGCCCGGUUUAAAAUCUACGAAGGGAGAUGGUUCGGCUGGGACAACGACUUCUGUUGUGGAGGAAUUGCAGCUAGCCAAAGAGAGGCUUUCGAAAGCAGAAGAGGAGAUGAAGAAGGGGUAUCCACUUGAUCACUAUUGCAUAUUGGGAUUAGAGCUGGGUUGCUCAGGUAGUGAGAUAAAGAAAGCGUACAGGAAGGCUGCGCUACGACAUCAUCCAGACAAGGCCGGUCAAUUUUUAAUGCGUAGUGGAGACACUGGAGAUGACCCUUCGAAGGACGCUAUGGAUGAAACUAUUCGAAAAGAAGGGGAGAGGUUAAUUGAAGAAAUUCGCAAGGAUUCAGAACAGCUGUUUAAGCUCAUUGGGGAGGCUUAUGCAGUUCUUUCUGACCCAGCCAAACGGGCACGAUACGAUUCUGAAGAAGAGUUGAGGAAGCUCAGAACUAGGUCAAGUGAUCUCGCAAAGAACGUUUACAGUGACAGGAGACAUUCUCGAGCAAGUGACGGAGUCAAUGUGAAUAAGGGAUGGAGUAGCUCUAGUUCUGGAGGCGACUCUGGGAGUCAGUCACGAGCAAGUCGACAACGUGAUCGGUGGGAGGGUUUUAACUAUCAAAGGUGGCACCCUGGACCAGAUGCAGCACAGCCAGACGUGUAUGCCCGAAGGGGCCGGCCCACGGGCUCAUCGUAUGGCUCAUCUCACAGGAGCACUUCCUGGCGAUGGGAAGAAUAUCCAUGGGAUGAAGUUUAGUAGAUUUUGUUUGCUUCGUUUGUCUUGUGAAAGAACACAAAAUAAGCAUAGACUUGUCUUCUGCAAUCUGAGCACCAGUUGUGGUCUUGUCAACAGAGUUGCAGUAGGUAGUGUUAUUUUUUUUUUCUUUUUGUAGAAUCUGACUCUUCCGACAUCGGACUUAGUUCACAGAGUUUGUUUUCCACAAAAGUCUAUCUUAAAAUGUCAUAGGCUUUUUAUGCAUUACUAGGUCUUUUUCUCAAACUUCCUUCUACACAAGCAAAGCCUUGUAUUACUUUGUGAUGAUUAUGCAGGGUGUUUAGUCACUCUUCACCCAGCCAUUGAAAAGUAUUAAAUUAUUCGUGUUCUGGCCCGAACUAGGGCUUCGGUUUUUGA